AUGACCCUGGAUCUGCACGUCUCAGGGCUGUCAGGGUGUCUCUGUACUGUGACUGCUGGAUACACUUGGGUUGUGAGCGAUGUGAAGGCCGCCAUUGAACAUGCCACCGGCAUUUCAAGAUGGGAGCAGCAAUUGCUGGCCGGCACGCGCGAGCUGGCCGAUAUGAGCCCUUUGUCUGGCGAAGUACUUGAUCUGACGCUGAUUCGGAAACAGCUGGAGAUGAAAGACUGGCUAAGCUUGAUCCAAGAGGAGCCUCAAAUCUUAGAGCAUUCAGCACACUGGGUGAAAGAGUGUCGAACCAUAGUGCUUGAGGCCGUGAAACAGGACGGCCAGAUGCUUCAACACUCCAAGUUGUGUGAUGACCACGAGGUUGCUUUGGCUGCUGUUAGUGACUGCGGUUUGGCGCUAGCACACGUGUCUGCAUCUUUGCGCAAUGACCGGCAAAUUGUUCUUGCAGCAGUGCAAGAAGCGGGAUGCGCUCUUGAGUUUGCUUCAGGCAAGCUGAAAAACGACGCUGAAGUGGUACUGGCAGCUGUGAGAAAGGAUGCAAGCGCACUGCAGCAUGCAUCGAGACAGCUUCGAGAGGAUCAUCGCUUUUUGUUGGCAGUGAUCCGGCGCAACAGCCAGGCCUUUAGUCUUCUGCCGAUUCAAUGGCAAAGUAGCCGUGAAUUCGCACUUGAGGCUGCAGAGCAAAACGGGGAUGUCCUUGCGCAUAUGCCUGAGGCGUUUCAGUCUGAUAGAGACAUCGCAAGCACUGCCGUGCGCCAAAAUGGUCUAGCACUCCGGUAUACUCCGAGCUCAUUGCGGGAUCUGAAGCUCGUGCUGGAGGCGGUUACUGAAAAUGAUGCUGCCCUUCAAUACGCCGGAGAGUUCCAAGCACAGAGGGAGGUCAUUCUGAGUGCCAUCAAGCCAGAGGGUGUUGCACUGGCUCUUCAGUACGCGUCCCCAGCCCUACUUCACGAUGAGAGCUUCUUGCUGGACGUGGUGCAAAAAAAUCCGAGCGCGCUGCUGCACUCGUCAGCUGAAUCUUUGCAUGGAUGUCGUAGAUUCAUUCUGGAGGCUGCUCACCGAAAUGGGUCCAUUCUAUCUCAUGCUUCUCCAGACUUGCAAGCCGAUCGCGAUGUGGUUCUGACUGCAGUGAAGCAACACAGCGCGUCUUUCAUGAAUGCAGCCAGUGGUUUGCGAUGCGAUCCCUGCUUUGCUCUGGAGGCUGUAGCUGUGAAUGGGCUGUUGCUUGAAUACCUGUCUUCAGACCUGUGUUCUGAUGCUACAAUUGCGAAGACCGCGGUACAGCAGAACUGGAAGGCUAUCCGAUUUGUGCCAGCUGCACUGCGUAGCAAUCGUGACCUGCUGAUGUCAGCAGUGCAGCAAAAUGCCCUUGCAUUGCGCUAUGGCACUGGGGAUGCUGUAGAUGCUGCCGUGAGCCUUGCUGCUGUAUCAUCGGACUGGCGAGCCUUACAGUUCGUCCCCCUGCACUUGAAGUGCAACCUGCAAAUUGUCAAUGCUGCAGUGAAGCAAGAUCCCAGAGCUUUGCAAUAUGUCCCCCGAGAUGUGCAGAUGCGAGUUCUUCUCCCCACAUAUGAGGAGCUAGACAAGUUGAGCCAGAUGCCACAAGCGCCAACCUAA